UCCUCCCCUUGUCCAUUGAUCAGGGGCUCUCUCGCCUCUUGCACUGUGUCCGUGCGCCGGGGCUCGGCCACAGGGAAAGAGUCCCCGGGAGUGGGAAUCCGCGGCCGAGGGACGGCUCCGGCUCAGAGCGAGGAGAGGCGAAGACGUUGGGGGCACGCGGGGGGAGCAUGCCAGGGAGAGCCCACUAAAUGGCGCCUGUUCCCCAUCGGAUGCUGCUCUGGGCGCUGAUCCUCCCCAUCCCAGGAGUAUGGUGCUUUAGUGAGCUGUUUUUUGUAAAAGAGCCACAGGAUAUAACCGUCACAAGGAAGGACCCAGUGAUUUUAGAUUGCGAGGCCCAUGGCGAAGUUCCCAUUACGAUCACAUGGCUGAAAAAUGGAGCAAAAGUUUCUGAAAAUGAACGGAUCUACACAUUAUCCAAUGGCUCUUUAUAUAUCAGUGAGGUGGAAGGAAAAAGAGGAGAACCAUCUGAUGAAGGAUUUUACCAGUGUUUAGCACUGAACAAAUAUGGGGCCAUUCUCAGUCAAAAAGGUCACCUUACACUAGCAACCAUUUCUGCAUUUGAAGUCCAACCACUUUCAAUUGAGGUCCAAGAAGGUGGAGUGGCUCGGUUUGCUUGUAAAAUAACAGCAAACCCUCCUGCCGUAAUCACAUGGGAAGUGAAUCGAACAACCUUACCUCUAGCCUUGGACAGGAUAACUGCUCUACCAACGGGAGUUUUGCAGAUCUAUAGUGUUGAAAAGAGGGAUGCUGGGAAUUAUCGAUGUGUUGCUACAACUGUAGCCAAUAGACGGAAAAGUGUUGAGGCAGCACUAAGUGUUAUUCCAGCCUUUGACUUGAAGCCAUUCCAGAAACCAGCCAUUAUAGCUGGCCCUCAGAACAUUACAGCAUCUCUUCAUCAGACUGUCAUCUUGGAGUGUGUUGCUACAGGGAAUCCAAAGCCGAUCAUCUCAUGGAGUCGUUUAGACCACAAGUCCAUUGAUGUCUUCAAUACCCGUGUCCUCGGAAAUGGGAACCUCAUGAUCUCUGAUGUGAAAGCGCAGCAUGCUGGAGUUUAUGUCUGUCGAGCAACUAUUCCAGGCACACGGAACUUCACAGUUGCAAUGGCGACGCUCACUGUGUUAGCACCACCUUCAUUUGUGGAAUGGCCAGAAAGUUUAACAAGGCCCAGAGCUGGUACUGCCCGUUUUGCAUGUCAGGCAGAAGGAAUUCCAGCACCCAAAAUGUCAUGGUUGAAAAAUGGAAGAAGGAUACACUCCAAUGGUAGAAUUAAAAUGUACAACAGUAAAUUGGUGAUUAACCAGAUCAUUCCUGAAGAUGAUGCCAUUUAUCAGUGCAUGGCUGAAAAUAGCCAGGGGUCUAUCCUGUCCCGGGCCAGAUUGACUGUAGUUAUGUCAGAAGACAGACCCAGUGCUCCUUGUAAUGUCCAUGCUGAAACGAUGUCAAGUUCAGCAAUUCUGCUAGCUUGGGAGAGGCCGCUCUAUAAUUCAGACAAAGUGAUUGCAUAUUCAGUGCACUACAUGAAAGCAGAAGGUUUAAAUAAUGAAGAGUAUCAAGUGGUUAUUGGAAAUGACACAACUCAUUACAUUAUUGAUGACUUGGAACCAGCCAGCAAUUACACCUUUUAUAUUGUGGCCUACAUGCCCAUGGGAGCCAGUCAGAUGUCGGAUCACGUGACUCAGCACACCCUUGAAGAUGUUCCUUUGAGAGCUCCUGAAAUCAGUUUGACAAGUCGAAGUCCCACAGAUAUUCUCAUCUCCUGGCUGCCGAUCCCAGCCAAAUUCAGGCGAGGCCAAGUGGUCUCGUACCGUGUGUCUUUUCGCCUCAAUGCAGAAAGCACUAUCCAGGUUCUGGAGCUUCCAGGGACCACAAAUGAGUAUCUCCUGGGAGGCCUGAAGCCCGAUAGUGUCUACUUGGUUCGUAUCACUGCUGCGACGAGGAUAGGCUGGGGAGAAGCCUCUCUAUGGACUUCCCACCGGACCCCCAAAGCCACAAGUGUGAAAGCACCAAAGUCUCCUGAGCUGAGUUUGGAACCACUGAACUGUACAAUCAUUACAGUGAGGUGGCAUCAGGACUCUGAGGAUACAGCAACUAUUGAAGGGUACAAAUUGUACUACAAGGAAGAAGGCCAGCAGGAGAAUGGACCAAUUCUACUGGAUGCCAGUGACCUUGUGUAUACUCUCAGUGGUUUGGAUCCCAGAAGAAAGUACCAUGUAAGGCUAUUGGCAUAUAAUAGCAUGGAAGAAGGUUACCAGGCGGACCAAACAGUCAGUACUCCAGGAUGUGUCUCUGUCCGUGAUCGUAUGGUUCCUCCUCCACCACCACCCCACCACCUAUAUGCCAAAGCUAAUACUUCAUCUUCUAUCUACCUCCACUGGGGAAGGCCUGCAUUUACCUCUGCACAAGUCAUUAACUACACCAUUCGCUGUAAUCCUGUGGGGCUACAGAAUGCCUCUUUAGUGCUCUACCUUCAAACGUCGGAAACUCACAUGUUGGUUCAAGGUCUAGAACCAAAAACCAAGUAUGAGUUUGCAGUUCGACUGCAUGUGGAUCAGUUGUCUAGUCCCUGGAGUCCAGUAGUUUACCAUACUACACUUCCAGAAGCGCCAGCUGGCCCUCCGCUAGGAGUGAAGGUGACUUUGAUAGAAGAUGAUACUGCUUUGGUUUCCUGGAAGCCACCUGAUGGUCCUGAAACAGUUGUUACUCGCUAUACUAUCCUCUAUGCAUCUAGGAAAGCUUGGAUUGCUGGAGAGUGGCAAGUGCUACACAGAGAAGGAGCAAUAACCAUGGCUUUGCUGGAGAACCUGGUGGCUGGAAAUGUCUACAUUGUUCAAAUAGCAGCAUCCAACGAGGUGGGAGAAGGACCUUUUUCAAAUGCAGUGGAGCUUGCAGUCCUGCCAAAGGAGACUUCGGAGUCCAAUCAAAGGCCUAAACGAUUAGAUUCAGCAGAUGCCACAACUUAUUCUGGCUAUUACCACCUGGACCAGAAAUCAAUGACUGGCAUUGUUGUAGGAGUUUGCAUAGCCCUGACCUGCAUCCUUAUCUGCAUCCUGAUUUUGAUCUACCGCAGCAAAGCCAGGAAAACGUCUGCUCCUAAAACUAUGCAGCAAGGCACUGACCAGCUGUCACAUACCAGCAUCUCAGUAGCCAGUGCGAACGAGGUGGGGAAGAGUACUGAAGGAAUUGCAGAGAAUGAAGAAUCUUUAUUGCCGAUGAUAGUAGGAAACAGCUUUGUUGAUGCUAAGGGGGGAACUGAUCUGAUUAUUAACAGUUAUGGUCCUAUCUCAAAGACCAGCUGCAAGAAAAGGUGGCUCUUCUUCCAAGAUUCUAAGAAGGUGAAAACAGAGGAGCCUCAGAGAAGAUUUGUCCAAGCUGUGUGCUUGUAUCAGCCAGGCACCACUGUACUGAUCAGUGAAGAUGACUCCCCCAAUUCCCCAGGCCAACAAUCUAAGUUCCAGGUGCCAUUCAGUAUUGUAGCUGAUACAGAGCAUUCAGCAAACAGUGAAGGAAGCCAUGAGACCGGAGACUCUGGAAGAUUCUCUCAUGAGUCCAACGACGAGAUACACCUUUCUUCUGUUACAAGUGUCACCCCACGCACCUCCAGUUCCUUUGUAGGCAGUGACUCAGGUGUGAACGUGAACCCUGUCUUGAGUAACUGUGAAGAGCCUCUGGCUACUGACCAGACUUCUACCUCAUCUCUUCAGAUACAGUGCACGGUACAAAAUUGAAUUACCUAUCCUGACAGUCAUGCCAGACAUCCUCACAAUGUAUGUCUGUUCGAAGGACAAUGAACAGGGAGCCAAAGUUUAUUGUGGAAAGCCUGAUAACCUAUCAGGUGAUUCCGUAUUUCUUUUGAAUGUUUUUUGUUGUUUUUCUUAAAAGUCACUCACUUUGAAUGUUCAGUGGUAAACAAUGUGAAAGGACAGUAAAGAUUUCUGACUAGAGUUAAAAAUAUAUCACUGGAGCAAAGGGAAGGCUGUUGGCCCCUUUGCUGAAUAUCUACCUCAGUUUGCCAAAUGGCAAACUCUGAAUGACAACUGCUUUACCUCAUUUGUAUUAUAGUUGGUCUCAGCUACAUAACUGAUGAUACUUCCUAGUAGGAUUUUUUUGUUUUGUUUUGCUGGAUGUUGUGUGUGUGUGCGAGAGAGAGAGAGAGAGAGAGAAAUCAAAGGAGUUGUAUAGGUAGAUGAACAAGACAGUUUAGCUGAAGCUCUGACUUUAAAAAGAGGGGACCCCUGAGGGGAUUAGAUAAAUGAUUUAACAUGCCUGACCUGAAGAACUUCAAAUGAGAAAACUGUAGGACCAUUACUUUUGAGAAAACUGUGCAUUAGCAUGGGAAUAAUGGAGUUAGUACUUCAAAAUGUUCAGUAACAGCAACAUUGAGUCUUUAAAAAGUAAUUGGACUCUCCUUUUUACCCACUUGAUUGCUAUAUCUUCCAGUGUUCCCAGCCUGCUUAGGACAGUGCCUUUUCCACACAGUUCUGUUGUGCCAGCAGUUGCUGACAAGAUGUAUGUUAAAUCCACAGGGCUCUAGGGCAUGCUGGAUUCCCCACAAAGACAUAAAACUGCUCCUUUAUUGAUGAUUAAUGCUAGAAAGCUUGGAGAAAUUAAUUAGUAUUCAGCUUCCAGCCAGCUUGGAGUGGUGUGAAAACUCUGCCUGAUAAAAACACAUAGAAUAGACAAGUAAUGCUGAAUGUUUCAGUGUCCCAGUACUCCAUAACAGUGGUGCCUUCCAUUAUAUAUAAUGAAAUUACUGCUUUGCCUUAUGCCUUCUUAGCAUUCCUAAAGUUGCUUCGGAGUAUAGAAAGAUGCCUUAAAUGCUUCUUAGAUUUUAUGGGUAAAUUGUGAGAUUAGUAAAUUAUAUUUCAGGUUUACCCAGCUCUGCAGUAUGUCUGAGCUGUUUUUAAAAUGCAGUCCUCUUUCUUGCCUCAAUUUAGGAUGCUAUUAGUGAGGAAUUUUAGUUCAGGGAGUGACUUCAACCACAUGCCAGUCUAAAACUCUAAUUAGGCCUCAAUGAAAAAUAAAAAGACAGAGCUUUAGUUGAAAAGUCUGUUGAAAGGGUGAAUGUUGAUACUGCCUUGUACCCAUACAAUUCCUGUUUUAUACUACCUCCUUUUAAAGUUAUUCUAGUGUUAUUUUUUUUUCCUGUACUCAGGGAACAGUUUGUUACUUUUGACCUGCCUCAGAGAAAUUUGGGGCAAACUGACAGGGUAUCAUGUUUUUGUUUUUAAUGGGCGGGGUGGGGAUGGGGGUCGAAUUCAUCAAUGUCAUAAACUAGUUCAUAUACAGUUCCCCCCACAGUUCAUUUUGAAAAAGAAAAUUAGAUAUUUGUUUAUAUUUUUCAAAAUGUCAAAAAUGUAAGGUCAUGGAAAAACAGCUAGGGUGAAAUACUCAGAAUCAAAACUCGCAUCAGCUUAAUUAACAGCAAGAUUUCACCCUUUAUGUGAUCUGAAUUACUUUUGGCUGCUUAUUUAUGAGUCAGAAGCUAGUCAAAAGCCAUCAAUAAGCCUAGUGUUCUGUUUUUAUUUAUUUUAUUUUUAUUUUUAGGUGAAGCGGCCUGUAGUUACUGUAGAUCUUUAGCUUGUAACUGUUUGCUCGUUCUGUACCAGACAGUACAUGUUCACCUUUUCAUAGCGUUGUUGAAAGAAAGGCUUUAAAAUAAUAAUCUUGUACCAAAGAAUUUUCUGUAGGGAAAAAAAAGAAAACUGCAUAUUAUUUUCCAAAAAUAAUUGAAUUUAGUUAAAAACUAUAGAUUUGAAGAGCUGAAUACAUUUUAUUGUAUAAGUAGUUACUAACAAAAAAAAAACAAUAGGGCUUCUAUUGAUUGUAGUAGUUGAUUGCAUAGUUUAGUUGUAUGCUUCUACAAUUUUUAACUACCUUAUUGUUACAAGAGCCUUUAAGGAAAGUUAUAAUAAUAUCUUACCAGCAGAUAUCUCCAAAGACUUCCAAGUGUAAUUUGUUUUUUUUUUCUUCAGCAUGUAGUUCUUCAACAAUACAGUAUUAGAUAAAAUAUUUUUGAAUAGUUUGUAUCUACUCGCUGAAGAAAAAGAAAACCUUUUCACCAAAGAUUUAUUUUUUGGUCUCAUCGGGCAAAAUAUUUAGUGUACAGCAAAGUACUGUUUCUAGAUAGCUAAAAUGUGAAUUCUUUGAAAAUAGAUAAGAAUGUGUAACCAUAGCAUGAAGUUUCACACUUUUUCUUUCAGAUUAGCCUUAUUUUAGUGUUUCACUCAAAAAGGGCUGAUAUGCAAAGGGUAACUAUUUUUCUUCUCCAAAGACUUGUUUGCUGUAAGUACUGAUACACGGAUAUCACUUUUAUGCCAUACAUUACUAUUAACUCUACUCCUCAACUUUUCAUGCCAAAGAUCAGUUACAUAGAUUAACCUGUGAAUAAUCAGAGAGGAGCAGAUUAGAUACCAGUAUUUUUCAGUCUGAUAGAGAGUCUAGCUAGCCUCAGUAGCCAAAGAGAUCAAAGUAUUAAAUUUACUAAAGAGCAAUACAUCCACAGUGCUGUUUAUCCAUAUGUUGUUAUUCAAGUACUUUUUAUCAGCAAAUGAAGAAAACCAAAGAUAUUUAAGGUUACCUCAGCAUAUAGGCAAACUUAGUUAGGCAAUAAAUUGUUCUGUCUUUUUCUUUGUUUUAUGUUAACCAAAUAUAAUGUGUAUCUCCAGAACCUAGCCCAUAUGGACACACUUCCCUUUACUUUGUCAUAAGCCUAAUCCAAACUAAUAUACAUUCUUACUAUGGAACAAAGAGCAUGAUCACAGCAAAGAUUUAUGUGGCCUGAUGAUAAUUUGGACUCUAUCACAAAAAUAGUAUUUUAUGAGAAACAAAUUUUCUUACAAUUCAGGAGAAGCCUAGUGUGAGCAAGGUAAUUCCUACGCAUAUGGUUUGAUGCUGUUCCCAUUGAAAUCAAUGGCAGAACUCCUAAGGACUCCAGUGGGAGCAAAAUCAGACACACAGUUUAAGUGUUGUGGUAUCCUUCAGGACAUAGAGCCAGUAAGGGUGCAAUAUGAUUAAUGAUGUAUGUAAUUACUUUGACAGUUAUAGGAAUUAACUUUCAAAUACAUUUAUGAUUCUUAAAGGGCAGUUUUCAUAUGCAGACUUUGUCCGUUCCAUUGGCCAUAGAAAUGUGUGACAAAACUCUAGAGGCAAAAUAAUCAUAGAAUAUCCAGAAAUUUUUUUUGUCUGUGUCCACAGAUCCUGGGUUCUGGAGAUGAGAAAACACCCAUUCUCUAAUUAUGAAUUUUACUGAGUAUGUUUUGGAAGAUGAACAUAAAUGUGGAAUUUUCUGUUACACCAUGUGAAUUGAUUUUGUUAAAUGUGUUAAGAACUAAAGAGCCAUGGCUGGUGUAAUGAGCGUAUGUGCAACCCUUGUAUUUUAAAAAAAAGAUUCAGUUGAAGAGACUUGGAAGCUUGCAUGUAAAAAUUUACAGAGAAAAUCCUAACAUUGACUGAGUGGAUUAAUUAAUUGGGAGAAACCAAAAGACCCAGCAUGCUUGAGGCUGCAUUGAUUUAUUUUCUGUGCAUUUCAGAAACCAUGAAAGUCUUUCAAUUUCCAGCUUUCAAGAAUUCUCCUGGAAAACUGGAGAACGCUUUCAGUUUUCCCUUGUGGAAUUGCUGCAUCUCAACUGAACUUCUUUUUCACAAAUCUGUUCUUGUAAAAGAAACUGUAAAAUCUACAUUUAUAAUUUUAUUAACUGACUGCGGGCUUAUCUACACUGUGCCACAGCGCAGACUGUGGAGUGUGUGAAUUGAAUUGCAGAGCGCACAAAGUCUUGUGCCCUAGCUACCUCCUUCAAACAGCACUACAUAAUAGCAAACUUAGGUACCUUUUAGUUCAGACCAGCAUUGUCCACAUAGACCAGUUAGAGCAUAACACUUCACAACUCCAUAGUCCGCACUACGGUACAGUAUAGACAUCAGUUUACUGAGCUGCUUCUUCGCAAACAUAUGGGAUUUUGACAAAGAGAAAGUAUUCUGAAGUGUGUGUACCAGUUUACAUUAUUUUUAACACUCUUUUGCUCUGUGUUUUUAUCCCAUUGCUUUAAACUAAAGACUGAAUCCUGUUUGUCUUGCUCACAUAGGCCCUGCUCCUGCUCCCAUUGAAGUCAAUGGCAGAAUUCACAUUAAUUUCAGUGGUGCGGGAUCAGGCCUAUAAAUAGUUCCGUUGAUUUCAGUGGGAUUAUUUGCAUGAUGUGAACAAACAGAAUUGGGCCUUAAAAACUGUAUUUCAGUGUUCUACAUAUACUUCAAAGGGCCUAAUUCUGCAAUCCUGUCUCAGGCAAAAUUGCCAUUAAAAUCUGAGUAAGAGCUGCACGAUCAUGUUCACUCCAUUUAUUGCAGAGGGAUUGUUGUUCAUAACAUCACUCUGAGUUGGUGGCAAAACUCCCAUUGACCUCAGAGGGAGCGGUAUGCAGCAAUCAAGAUCAUUGUAUGAAAGUCUUCUGAAAACACAGCCUAGCAGGGCCAGGUUCUGAUCUCAUUUGCACUGGUGUAAAUCAGAAGUGAUUUCACUAACGUCAGCAAAGUUACUUUGGAUUUACUCUGAUACA